GGUCAAUUAUCAGAUGGUACUGUAAUUGCUGUAAAGCAACUUUCUUCCAAGUCUAAACAAGGGAACCUCGAAUUUGUGACUGAAACAGGAAUGAUAUCUGCUUUGCAACAUCCUAAUCUUAUAAAGUUGUAUGGGUGCUGUGUUGAAGGAAAUCAUUUAAUGCUUAUCUACGAAUUCAUGGCAAACAACUGUGUAUCACAAGCUCUUUUCAAUAAGCUCACAAGCAAGAUAAAGUUAGACUGGCCAACAAGAAGGAAAAUUUGCCUAGACGUAGCCCGAGGUCUGGCCUACCUCCAUGAAGAGUCAAGACUGAAAAUUGUCCACGGAAACAUCAAGACUAGCAAUAUUUUGCUUGACAAGGACCUCAAUGCUAAAAUCUCUGAUUUUGGCCUGGCGAAGCUAAAUGAGGACGAUUGUAGUCACAUUGGCACCCGGAUUGCCUGAACUAUAGGUUACAUGGCUCCUGAGUACGCGAUGCGCGGUUACUUGACUGCUAAAGCAGAUGUUUACAGCUAUGGAGUUGUAGCAUUGGAAAUAGUCAGUGGAAAAAACAACACAAAUUACAGGCCAAAGGAAGAAUGUGUUUAUCUUCUUGAUGAGGCCUAUGUUUUACAAGAGAGAGGCAGUCUACUAGAACUGGUUGAUCCAGACUUGGGGUCCAAAUAUUCAUCAGAAAAGGCAACUCUCAUGCUAAAUGUGGCCCUUCUAUAUACAAAUGCAUCCCCAACUCUCAGGCCUACAAUGUCUCAAGUUGUGAGCAUGCUGGAAGGCCAAACAGAUGUUCAGGACAUACUUUCUGAGCCAGGGUUCUCAACUGCCCCUUCAAAAUUCAAGAACAUAAGAAACCAUUUUUGGCAAAAUCCAAGUCCCAGUCAGACUCAAAGCAUUUCAUCAAGCGGUCCACAUUCCUAUUCGUCCGUCUCAAAUGCAGAUAUUGAAGAGAAUAGAACCUUUCAAAACAUAUUGAGUAAAAAGUAG